UGAUUCGGCUAGCGUCGGGUGCCUGCAGUCUUCAGUAGCGGUUUAUGCCAGUUUUAGUAAAACAAUUUUUAGGUGCAGAAUUAAGGAGCAUACAUAAUUGGCGACAGCAUUAGGAUUACGUGGGAUUAACCCGUACGAUCCAACUGCACAGGAUCGAGGUGCAGUGUGACAAACUGCAGCCAUGAAUGAGGUGGCGCAGAUCAACAACUCAGUGCACUGGGAGUCCGAGCAAAUAGAUGAUAAUUUUGAUGCUGGCAAUAACUCAUCACGACUCUUUGAACGGUCCAGAAUCAAGGCCUUAGCAGAUGAGAGAGAAAAUGUCCAGAAGAAAACAUUUAUGAAAUGGGUGAACUCGCAUCUUGUGCGUACUGGAAACCGCAUCAGCGAUCUGUAUGUCGAUCUCCGAGAUGGCAAGAUGCUGAUGAAACUGUUGGAGGUGUUGUCUGGAGAAAGACUGCCUCGGCCAACCAAAGGAAAGAUGAGGAUUCACUGCCUAGAAAAUGUUGACAAAGCACUUUCCUUCCUCCAUGAACAAAGGGUCCAUCUUGAAAACAUGGGUGCUCAUGACAUUGUCGAUGGGAGCAACAGACUCACUCUAGGUUUGAUAUGGACCAUAAUCUUACGUUUCCAGAUUCAAGACAUUACAAUAGAAGAGACUGACAACAGUGAAACCAAGUCAGCCAAGGAUGCUUUGCUGUUGUGGUGCCAGAUGAAGACUGCCGGCUACCCGAAUGUCAAUGUUCGCAACUUCACUACGAGCUGGAAGGACGGCCUUGCCUUCAACGCUCUCAUUCACAAACACAGACCUGACCUCAUUCAGUAUGAAAAGCUCCAGAAAUCCAACGCCAUGCACAACCUGGACAAUGCCUUCACUGUGGCUGAGGAAAAGUUGGGACUUGCCAGGCUUCUUGAUCCUGAGGAUGUCAAUGUGGAAUACCCUGAUGAGAAGUCGAUCAUCACAUAUGUGGUUACAUACUACCAUUACUUUUCAAAGAUGAAAGCUGACUCGGUCCACGGGAAGCGUAUUGGGAAGGUAAUUGACAAUGCCCUAGACUCUGAGAAAAUGGUUGAAGAAUAUGAAGGUUUGACUUCAGACUUGUUGGAAUGGAUAGAGCAGACAAUUGUCAUUCUGAAUGACCGACAGUUUGCCAACUCCCUCACUGGCGUACAGCAACAAUUAGCAGCCUUCAGCACCUACCGUGUAGUGGAAAAACCUCCCAAGUUUGAUGAGAAGGGCAACCUUGAGAUCCUUCUGUUCACCCUUCAGAGUAAGAUGCGAGCUAACAACCAGCGUCCAUACUUUCCGAAGGAAGGGAAAAUGCUUUCGGAUAUAAACAAAGCCUGGGAAAAACUAGAAAAAGCUGAACACGAGAGAGAACUUGCCCUUCGAGAGGAAUUGAUCAGACAAGAGAAACUGGAACAGCUUGCUGCUCGAUUUGACAGGAAGGCUGGAAUGCGUGAGACAUGGUUGAGUGAGAACCAACGUUUGGUUUCUCAGGACAACUUUGGACGUGAUCUAGCCGCUGUUGAAGCAGCCACCAAGAAACACGAAGCCAUUGAGACGGACAUCAACGCCUAUGAGGAACGAGUUCAGGCAGUUGUGUCUGUGGCAAACGAACUUGACCAAGAAAACUACCAUGAUAUAGACAGAAUAAAUGCAAGGAAAGACAACGUCCUGCGUCUAUGGAAGUACCUGCUGGAGCUGCUCCGUACCCGUCGAAUGAGACUCCAGAUGACGCUCAACCUGCAGAAGAUCUUCCAGGAAAUGCUCUACAUUCUCGACUGGAUGGAAGAAAUCAAGGCUAGACUGAUGUCUGAAGACUAUGGAAAACACUUGAUGGGUGUGGAAGAUCUUCUACAGAAACACAGUCUCCUGGAGGCCGACAUUCACGUUGUUGGUGAACGGGUGAAGAUGGUUAACAACUCGGCGUCUCAGUUCAUUGAUGACGACUCCCAGGAGCUGGGAGGCUUCCUUCCGUGUGACCCUGAGGUGGUAAAAGAAAGAAAGUCCACUUUGAACGCUGCAUAUGAUGAACUGAACGAGCUUGCAGCAGAGCGCCGUGCCCGGUUGGAGGAGUCGCGAAAGAUGUGGCAGUUCUACUGGGACAUGGCUGAUGAGGAGGGCUGGAUCAAGGAGAAGGAGCAGCUGAUGUCAUCGCCUGACCUGGGUCAUGACCUCACCAGUGUCCACCUGCUACUCAACAAACACAAGGCCAUGGAAGAUGAGAUGACUGCCCGGCACAGUCAUCUACAGUCCGUCCUUGAAGUUGGCAAUGACCUCAUCAAUGCUGGGAAUUUCGGUGCAGACAAGAUUCAGUCUCGCACAGAUGAGAUCAACCAACAGUGGGAAAGUCUCAUUGACUUGGCUGCAUUUCGCAAAAAGCGCCUUAAUGAGGCUGUCGACUUCUAUCAGUUCUUUGCUGAUGCCGAUGAUGUUGAUGUCUGGAUGGUGGACACGCUGCGUCUUGUUUCAAGUGAAGACGUUGGCAAGGAUGAAGCCAGCGUUCAGUUCUUGUUGAAGAAACACAAAGAAGUGACUGAUGACCUUAAGAACUACCAGAGUGUCAUAGAAGCUCUUCAUGAACAAGCUACGAACCUCGGAGAACAAGACCGUGAAUCACCAGAUGUCCAGAGUCGUCUUGGUAGCAUCGACCGCCGUUAUCAAGAACUUCUGGAGUUGGCCAAGAUCCGCAAACAGAGAUUGCUUGAUGCUCUUUCGCUUUACAAGCUCUUUAAUGAAGCAGAUGGAGUUGAGACCUGGAUUGAUGAGAAGGAGAAAUUCCUUACUACGAUCAUUGUAACGGAUGAUAUUGAAGAGCUUGCAAUAAUGAAGCACCGUUUCGAAAGCUUCAAGAAUGAGAUGAACUCUUCUGCGUCGAAGGUGGCCGUCGUCAACCAGCUGGCAAGACAACUUCUUCAGGUGGAGCAUCCUAAUGCUGAAGAAGUGGUCGCCCGUCAGAACAAGCUCAAUGGAAGCUGGAACAACCUUCGUGAAAUGUUGGACCAGAAACGUGAUGAAAUCAAUCUUGCUCAUGGACUUCAAAACUUCCACAUUGAAUGCAAUGAGACAAUUAGCUGGAUUCACGAGAAGACCAAAGUGAUUGAAUCCACGGAGGAGUUAGGAAAUGACCUUGCUGGUGUCAUGACCUUGCAGCGCAGACUCAGUGGCAUGGAGAGAGAUCUUGCCGCCAUUCAAGCCAAGCUGGAGUCUCUACAAAAUGAAGCGGAAAAGCUUCAAGACGAGAAGCCAGAAGAAGCCCAGGCUAUUCGGGAGAAAAUUGCAGAGAUCAACAAUGUUUGGAUGGACCUCAAAGAAAUGUUGAAGGAGCGGGAUGAGAAACUAGGAGAGGCUGGAGAACUGCAGCGGUUCCUGGGCAGCCUGGACCACUUCCAGCAGUGGCUGGCUCGCACACAGACAGCCAUCGCCUCUGAGGACAUACCCAACAGCCUUGCUGAUGCAGAGAAACUGCUCAACCAACACCAGCAGAUCAAGGAUGAGAUCGACGCAUAUGCGCCUGAAUAUGCCAAGAUCAAGGAGUUUGGUGACAAGGUGACUGAGGGCCAGGAGCAUGAUCCACAGUACAUGUUCCUCAAACAGCGUCUUCAAGCCCUUGAUGAUGGCUGGAAGGAGUUGCACCAGAUGUGGGAGAACCGACAACAGCUUCUGUCACAGAGCCUCAACUACCAGAUGUUCCUUCGUGACGCCAAACAAGCGGAAGUUCUGCUCAAUCAACAAGAGAAUUUCCUGUCGAAGGAGGAUGUGCCCAGUACAGUUGGCCUAAUAGAUAGACAGAAUUCUGUCCAGCAAGCAGAGAAUCUGAUCAAACGCCAUGAAGCGUUUAUCACCACAAUGGAUGCCAAUGAUGAGAAGAUCAAUGCAGUACUACAGUUCGCUGACCGACUCAUUGAUGAGAACCACUUCGCUGCUGACAAAAUACACAAGAAAGCCGAGAACAUCAAUGAAAGACGAAACAACAACCGUCAGCGAGCCGAUGACCAACUGGAGCGUCUCAAAGAUCAGCACAUGCUGCAACAGUUCCUGCAGGAAACUGACGAGUUGAGCGACUGGCUUAAUGACAAGAUGGCUGCUGCCCAAGACGAAUCGUACAGAGAUGCCAAGAAUCUUCACAGCAAGUACAUGCGACACCAGGCUUUCGAAUCGGAGAUUGCUGCAAAUAAAGAGAGACUGGACCACCUUAUCCAGGAGGGUGAGGCUCUGAUGCGUGAGAAGCCCGAAUGCUGUGAACAGCUGGAGCCUAUCUUGAAGAAACUCAACGAACAGUGGGCCGAGCUGGAGGAGACGAGCAAGGCGAAGGGAGAGAAGCUGUUCGACGCCAAUCGCUCGGUGCUCUUCAAACAGAGCUGUGAUGACGUUGACGGCUGGAUCGAUACCCUCGAGUCGCAGGUUAUAACAUCGGAGGACUUCGGCAAGGACCUUACCACUGUCAACCUUAAUGUCCAGAAGCAAAAUCUGCUGGAAAGCCAGAUGAAGAUCAAGGAACAACAAGUGAUGGAGCUUGAGGUCCAGGCCCAGCAGCUGGCACAGAAAGAACCGGACCAAGUUGAAGAGAUCGAACGAAGAAAGGCUAUUGUAGCCGAGAGGUUUGCCAAGAUCCAACAGCCACUGAUUCAGCGUCGUAAUAUGCUCGAGAAGGUGAAACGUAUACACCAGUUUAUGCGGGACAUUGAGGACGAGAAACUCUGGAUUGAGGAGAAGAUGCCUCUUGCCACAUCUACAAAUUACGGAAACAGCUUGCACAGUGUCCAGCUUCUGACCAAGAAAAACCAUUCUCUGCAGGUUGAGAUUGACAACCAUGAGCCGCGGGUGACAGGAAUUGUGGAGGUGGGCCAGGAGCUGAUUGACGAAGAGCACCCACAGUCGGAGGAGUUUAAGGCCCUCAUUGAUGACUUGAUGCGUCGCUGGCAGGAACUCAAAGAUGCCACCAGCGCCAGGAAGGAUCGCCUUAGGCUGUCGGAGAUUGCACAACAGUACUAUUUUGAUGCCUCUGAAGCGGAGGCGUGGAUGAGUGAACAGGAGUUGUACAUGAUGGGAGAAGAGCGAUCCAAGGACGAGAUUGGUGCCCAGAAUAUGAUGAAGAAACACCAGAACCUGGAGAAAGCCGUCGAGGACUAUGCUGACGUGGUCAGACAACUGGGCGAGCGCAGUCGAAACCUCAUGGAAACCGACCAUCCUGAAAGUGACCUUAUCAACGUCCGUCAGUCACAGGUGGACAAGUUGUAUGCAGGCCUUAAAGAUUUGGCUAACGAGAGACGAGGUAAAAUUGAAGAGGGGCUAAAACUGUUCACACUCCAGCGUGAAAUUGAUAACUUGCUGUUGUGGAUUCAAGAGAAAGCUAUCGUCGCUGGCUCCAAUGAGCCUGGACAAGACUUCGAACAUGUUACACUUUUGAAGGAACGUUUCAAGGAGUUUGCCCGUGAAACUGAGAAUGCCGGUCAAGAGCGUGUGGCGUUGGCCAAUGAAAUCUGUGAUAACCUGAUAGCUCUGGACCAUACCGAUGCACCUAGUGUAGCCGAAUAUAAAGACACUGUUAACGAGGCAUGGACGGACUUGCUCGAGUUGAUAGACACACGCACACAGGCUCUGCAGGCCUCCUGGGAGCUGCACAAAUUUUACCAUGACUGUAAAGACACUAUUGAGAGAAUAUUCGAAAAGAAGAACUCUAUUCCUGAGGAGUUUGGUCGAGAUGCCCAAAGUGUUGCAGCUCUGCAGAGGAAACAUGCAAACUUUGAAAAUGAUCUUGUAACCCUUGGUCACCAAGUUGAAGCGAUCCAAGCCGAGUCUGUCCGCCUUCAGGCUGCUUAUGCAGGUAACUUGAUGCAGGAUAUUCAAGGCCAUGAGGCGGAGGUGGUCAACGCCUGGCGCAAUCUGCACAUCCUGGUGGAGACGCGCCGCGUUAAACUGGCUGAUGCCAGCGACCUCUACCGCUUCAUGCAGAUGGCUCGUGACCUCAUGCUCUGGAUGGAUGACAUCACGCGGCAGAUGAACACUCAAGAAAAACCAAGAGACGUGUCUGGUGUUGAGCUGUUGAUGAAUAAUCACCAGAGUUUGAAGGCAGAAAUUGAUGCCAGAGAGGAAAAUUUCACAAUUUGUAUCAAUCUAGGAAAAGAUAUACUAGCUCGCAAACAUUACCGUUCAGAGGAGGUACGUGAGAAGCUCAUACAGCUGACUUUACAGCGACUCGAUAUGACAGACCAGUGGAGUGGUAGAUGGGACCACCUGCAGCUCAUUUUGGAGGUGUACCAGUUUGCACGAGAUGCUGCAGUCGCAGAGGCUUGGCUAAUUGCCCAGGAGCCUUAUCUACAGAACAUGGACUUGGGAGAAACUCUGGAUGCUGUAGAAAACUUAAUAAAGAAACAUGAAGCCUUUGAAAAAUCUGCUGCUACCCAAGAAGAACGAUUUGCAGCUCUUGAGAAGUUAACAACAUUUGAAAUGCGAGAGCGACAGAAGCGACAGGAAGAGGAGUAUGGCAAAGAACAUCCGGAGGAGGUAGCCAAAGCAAAGGAAGAUAAGAGAAGGAAACACAUACAAGAGUUUCUGCCUCCAGAGCCAGAACCUGAGCCCGAACCUGAAGUGGAACAGCCACAGCCCUCACCAUCGGAUGAAGGAGUCUCGGAGGAGCCCCAGGCUCUCGUUAACGGCGAGAAAGAGUCUGAAGUAGAUAUUCGUGAACAAGAAAGUGCGAAGCCAUCGGAGAAGGCAAUCUCUCCGGAAAAGGAAGAAAUUGUCAAAGCGCGAGAGUCACCGCGCCACACCAAAUCGCCAUCCUCGCCAAUAGACAAGGAGAAGAAGCGAUCUCGUUCCAAAUCUCCAUUUGGGAAAUUGUUUUCACGUAAAAAGGAUGAGGAGGCGAGUGCCUACCCGGCGUUUGAAGAACAAAGCCCAUCCGGAUCAGUGGAGGCAGUGCACUAUGAAGGAACUCUUUCCAGAAAACACGAAAGGGAGGUGAAUGGCAAAAAAGCCAGCAGCAGAUCUUGGGACAAAUUGUAUAUGGUGCUACAUGGAGCUUCCCUUUCCUGUUAUAAGGAUAUGAAGCAUGCUAAGUCUGAUCCCAAUACUCGGAUCCACCACGAGAGUGCUAUAGAUCUAACUGGGGCGUCCUGUACCGUGGCCUCAGACUACACCAAGAGACCAUUUGUGUUCCGCCUUACACUUGCCAGCGCUGCAGAGUAUCUGUUCCAGGGAAAGGAUGAGAAUGAACGGGACAUAUGGAUUGCUAAACUGAACCUGACGACGGGAGCGGAGGGAACAAGUACUCCACUGAAGGCCCAGUCACUGCCUGCACGAACAGAGCCACCGAAAGACGAACACAAAAAGAGGGGCUUCUUCACAAUGAAAAAGAAAUAGACUCAUUCUUAAGCACUUUUCAGUUUUAUAGCUUGAAAGGAAUCUCUAUUGCCAACUUUGGACAUGUGUAAUGUGGAUUACGGACAAAAUGAAUUUUAGUCGAGAGUUUCUUGGGGCUUUUGGGGAAUAAUAAUUAAAUCAUUUUGGUGUCCGUUGAACAUGGCAAUAUUCUGAUAGAUUUUUUAAUAUUUUGGCAAGCUUAGCUUUUAUGACUGCAAUUGUUUUAAGACUAUUUUUACUUAAAUGUGGGAUUAUAUACAUACAUACAUAUAUAUAUGUGUGUGUGUGACCUCGAGUGGAUUUCAGUUACAACUGUUGAGGUUGUCUGGACACCGACCAUUCCGAACAGCAAACCUCUUGUCAUCUCUGAUCUCCACAUGUCUUGGGAUAAACUACCGAUCAACUAGCUCUCUUUGACAAAAUACAGACAAAAUAAACAUCAACAAGAUAUAUAUUCAUCAAGUAAUGCAUUUGGUAUGGAAAAUACAUGCAUACAAUUUUUUAAAAUUAUUAUUAUUAUUACAUGGAAUUUACAAAUUUUGAAACUUAUUCAAGAUUACCAUGAGCUGAAGACUGUUUGCUGGCAGAUUAUGAAUAUAAGGUUUUAAGAGGAAUGAUAAAACAUUAUUGCUUCAUUCAUUCAUUCAUUCAUUCGUUCGUGUAUAUUCAUUCAUCUGCCACUAUGUUGCUGUAUGUUACUUCAUUUCUCCCUCUGUUCAUUCAUGAUAUUCCUCUUUUGUGUUGUCUGCAACAGUUUGUUGGACAUUACAGAUGAGUACUUGAGUAGUGUUGCCUCUGAAUGUUGCAUUCCAUCUAUGCAAGGCAGACAUGAUCAGCAUGCCAGUGGUGAACGACGACCUCGUCACAUCACGGACCUGGUAUUAUUCUGCCAGCAAUCAGGACGUCGCCAGAUUCGGAUUCAUUCAUUCAUAAAGACAGAUUUUCAUGCUCGUAGUGUUUUGUCAACCUUUUUUUUGUUUUUGGCUGCUAUAUUUUCUAGCAUGGCAGCAGCAGUGUUGUGACUUGUGCAAACCAACAUCCUUGUUUUUAUCUUUAAUUUUGUUACCAUUACAAUUUUGUUACUUGCCUCCACUGCUUGUUACGAGGCUAUGUACAUGUAGAUAGUGUAAUGUAUGCGUGUUGUAAUUUUAAGACAUUGUAGUGUCAAUAUAUAUAAUAUAAUAUAUAUAUAUAUAUACAUGUCUCUGGGAAGCAUAGUUUGUUGACUGUCAUUGUUGGGUUGUGUUUCUUGUUGAAUUGACUGCUAUGCUGCCAGUAUGGGAUGUGACGGUGCAGUGUAUAGACUAGAUUCAAUAAAAUAUCUUAUCAUAGGGUUCUACUUUAAAUUGGUUUUAGAAACUAGCAUUUCUUGAUAAAGUGACUGCAGUUGGCCAUUUAAUUAUGAUGGUAUUUAAUAUUGCAAUACAAUACAACGUAGACUGAUAAUUAUUGCAACAAAAGACCUAAGUAUAAUUUUAAAAAUUUCAACUGAAACAAAUGACCAAUUUAACAAUAGGAUGGCAGUAUAGAAUUGUGGGUCAGAUUAUACAUAGACAUUUGAUGUGAGUGAAUAAUGUGGCGACUAAGAAAACGCAGAUGAGCAUGAUUGAAAUGUUCCUUAUGAAGAAGGUUAUUCACAUGAUUAUUUACAUAGACACUUUUGUGUCCGGUAUGCAGCAUCAUGAUGCUACAUGCCGAUAUUGUCGUAAUUACUAUCACUCCAUGUUGUAGUACAUAAAAUCACUCUAAACUUUGCUCAUUCUGUUAUUGCUAUGUGCAAUUAAAAUAGCAUUAUGAGCAUUUUCAAUAUGAAAGUAUUUAUCAACUUCGUAGUUUUAUUAUUAUUCCCUAGAGGGCUAGCGACUUAAUAAAAAAAAAAUAUGCCACGUCUUUAAAUGGACUAGAGGUGGACUAUAAAAAUUACCUGUUAACCGUGUCUGAGAAUGUGGUAUUUAUCCACUUGUUAAUCAUUUACAUUAUUUCAAUAAAAAUUUCACUGUAACAUCAAUAUCCAGAUGAUCAAAUAAAAAUAAGAUAAAAUAUGUGGUAUCCAAUUUUCUGUGCAUUUUUUUAUUUAUCGGUAUGACCCAUAAUUUCUUUUUCACCAUUAUUUUCCUGUUAUGUUUGGCAAAUUGGGAAGGCCAAUGAUGCACGGGCCGAUCAAUAUUAGAUGAAAAAUGUAGUUGCGGAGUAUAUGCUGGUGAAAUCAUAUGAUUAGAAGUGUAUUUAAUAUUUACAUCGCUAGCAUGACUAUAGUGGACAUUUUGUAACUUCAUUAGAAGAUUCUGUGAAUUCAUUUGCUUCUUCUUAUUCACCCAGAGAACAGUGCCUGAGUAAGUAGAAAGUAUUGUGUCAAGGAUCCCAGCAAGUCUGACAAACAGCUACCAUGACUGGUUAGUUUUCAACACUCUGGACAGAUUGUAUUUGAAACGGCCACUAGAAAUAUUAUUUACAAUGUAGCUAUCUUCCUCAUUGCAUGUAGGUAUACAAGUAGUAGCAUCAUGUCACCCGGCAAACUAUUAAUCUGCUUCAUAAUUUUAAUUGGGAAAACUAAAAUCAUCUGAAUAAUGGCAGUGUUAGAUGUCACUUCACACCUUUGGCUUUUUUGUGCUCUUUCCAUCUAAAGAAGGCUUGCUUUUACCAGAUUUUGUAUUUGCUUAAAAGGUAUAAACAAUAAAUCAUAAAUAUUUCAA